GUUUAUAGGUAGUAUUCAGGGCAGGACUUUUAGGGUAUUGAGCAAAUGUUGCCUUUCUCUAAAUAAACUGAACAGUAAGCCUUUUUCAAACAUAUUUAUUUUAGAUAUGAGAAAAUUCCAGUCCCUCAUUUCAUUUUUAAGUGGCAUAGCAGUGAGCGUCAUUCUCUCAGUAACUUUUUCUAGCUUCCAAAGGAACCUGACUCCUUCAUUCGCCAUGACUCGCUGUAAUAUACCUAUUGUACGACUUGGUGUUACUGUUGAAAACAGAAGUGUUGCGCUAGAGCUGAGGCAGAAGGUAAGAGUGUUAUGCUGGGUAAUGACACUGCCCCUACACCUGCAGUCAAGAACUCAACAUGUUCGUGCCACAUGGGCCAAAAGCUGCAACAAAAUUCUCUUCAUGAGCUCGAAGGAGACACCCUUCCCAACAGUAGGGCUAAAUGUUUCGGAAGGACGGAGUCAGCUCUACUGGAAGACCAUACGGGCCUUUCAGUACAUUCACAGACACCAUCUGGACGAUGCUGACUGGUUCCUUAAAGCUGACGAUGACACGUUUGUUGUCGUUGAGAAUUUGCGCUAUGGUCUGUCAAAACACAACACUGAGGAGCCACUGUAUUUUGGACGGAGGUUCAAGCCAUUUGUAGAACAGGGCUACAUGAGUGGAGGGGCUGGCUAUGUUCUCAGUAAGGAAGCUUUGAGGAGAUUUGUGAAGGGUUUUGCUGAUGGACUUUGCAAACACACCACUGAAACUGAGGAUAUUGGACUAGGACUUUGCAUGGAGACAAUGAAUGUGAGUACUGGUGAUUCCAGGGAUGUAAUGGGGAGACAAACCUUUCACCCGUACCCUCCGGACUAUUACCUGCUCAGACAGCCAACCAGACCACGACCUUGGUACCUCAUCUAUGAUCAUUAUAAACCAGUUGAGGGCCCCAGAUGCUGUUCAGAUUUAGCUAUCUCUUUCCACUACAUAUAUGAUGUGGAGAUGUACACAUUGGAAUACUACACCUAUCACUUGCGCCCCUAUGGAUAUAAAUACCGAAUUAACCCAGACAAACUGUUAAAUAAUAGAAAUAAGAUAAUACUUUGGGAUACAUGACCUUACUUGUCAUAAAUUGAAUAGAAGAAAACAUUCAAAAUGUUAUCUUUUUAUGUUAAAUUUCUUAAUACAAUGAAUACAUCACUUCAUAGAACAAUAAAUAUAACAUGGUUUACUUAAAAUUGUCUUAAUACAUAUUAAAAACAGAUUUGACAAAGAUACAGACUAACAACUUGUCCCCCCAAAACAUUACUAGCCUUUGAAAUAGAGUUUUUGCUUCAUUACAGACCAUCCAUAAAGAUAACAAGUUGAGAAUCUUUGUUAAAUUCUAUAAAAAUUAAAGCAAGUGAUGAUGUGGUUAAUGCAGACCUACAGUAGUAUCUCCUUCAGUAUAAUUCAUUUAUAGAAGAAAGGACAUCAACAGGCAGAAAACUGACAAAGUGUCAGUGUUUGGUUGUCACAUACAGCAUUUAAGACAUGAUGGCAGUCUUUUAAAUAACCAAAUCUGAGAUCAUGGUCACUGCAAAAGCCAUAUGGUGAUAUGUAACAUUGACAAACAUAAUUAAGAAUAUAGAUGAAAAUGCUAAUAAUCACAAAAUGCAAAAGAAGACAGUUUUAACAUACUAUACUUUUCCCAUAAAGUUUUACAGAUGUAGUCACAAGAGAUUUGGGGGGGAUUCACAAAAUGCUGUGUUUUUUUAAACAACAAUGCCUUUCUGAAUAUUGUUGAUAAAGGGUUGUAUAAUGUGUAAGAUGAGUGAUUAGAAACUUUUCAGAUUCUUAAUCUCAGGCUUCUGUAUGAUAAAUACACACCCCUUCUCAUGAACUCUGAAAGACCUGUGACUCUUAUGGCCAGUCAUGUGAUUUUCACAGGAAUGAUUUACUAUUGUAAUGAUGGCACAGUUAUUCAUACAAUUUAACAAAUAUAUAUUUACAGUAUUUUUCACUAAAUGUAUUUUUAGGGUUGCAACAUACAAAACAAAUGCACUUUUUAUGGAAGGAAUAAAAAAGAAAGAAAUGCACAA